AUGGGUCCGCUUCUCGCGUCGCUGUCGGACAGCAGCCUUGCGAGUCGUCGCCCCAACGCGGCUGAUCAUGGUGAUCAUACCGCCCUCGCCGCCGCGUUCUCCGCUGCUCCUCAUCUCGCUCGCGCUGCUGCUGCUCUCGUCCGCGCACUUCCCCCUCCGCGCGCGCGCGCAGCAGUGCUCCGCCUCCGCACUUUGCGCCAACAACCUCUGCUGCAGCAAGUGGGGCUCCUGCGGCUCCACCCCCGAUUACUGCGGCUCUGGCUGCCUCUCCGGCCCAUGCGCGGGCAGCACCCCCGCCUCCCCCCUCCUCCGCGCAGCUCCCCGCCUCCCCCGCGCAGCUCUCCCCCGUCUCCGCCCGUGUCCACUAACAGGCAGUGCGGGGCAGCGAACGGAAACACUAUCUGCCCGAACGGUCUGUGCUGCAGCAAGUGGGGUUGGUGUGGCUCCUCACUUGAUUACUGCGGCCUCGCCUGCCUAUCCGGGCCCUGCGCGGGAAAUACCUCCGCCUCUUCCCCUCUCCCGUGCAGCUCCCCGCCUCCUCCGCGCAGCUCCCCCCCUCCCCCGCGCAGCUCCCCCCCGUCUCCGCCCGCGUCCGGUUCCCCUCCGCCUGUGUCUACUAACGGGCUGCAGCGCAUGGCGUAUUUUGUCAACUGGGCGGGCAUGAGCCCAUCUCUUAUCCCUGCUGCCUCGCUCACGCAUGUCUUCUACGCCUUUGCUUCCAUCGACGCCACCACAAACAAGGUAGUCCCAUCCGACCCAGCAGUAGACGUCACCCAGGGUCUCUAUUGGCGCUUCAACUCUUUCCUGAAAACCAACAACCCUGCCAUCAAGACCCUCCUCUCCAUUGGCGGCUAUUCCGCCGGCACAACUGUUUUCGUCAACGCCGCCUCUUCCCCGUCCUCCCGUUCCGCCUUCAUCCAAUCAGCGAUCGCCCUCGCCCGAUCGUACAAUUUCGACGGUCUGGAUCUCGACUGGGAGUACCCGGAGGGUUACGCCGCCCAGUUCUCCGCCCUGCUCACGGAUUUCCGGGCGGCGAUCGAAUCCGAAGCCGCUUCCUCUAGGAAACCCAAGCUCCUGCUUUCUGCAGCGGUUUCUGCCUAUGAGCCUACAAUCACUCGAUCGUAUGACGUCCCAACACUUAACAAAACACUGGAUUUUGUUAACAUAAUGACGUAUGAUCUGCACGGGUCGUGGGAGUCAAAGACAGGCAUGCACACUGCUCUGGAGGAUCUGAGCAACCCCCAGCUGAGCCUCAAGGGUGCCAUGGCUGCCUGGGUGUCCCGAGGCUUGGCCCGAAGCAAGGCCAUGCUAGGCUUGGCGAUGUAUGGCCGAACCUGGACUCUUGCCUCGACAAGCAGCACUGGGGUUGGAGCAGCGACCACUGGGCCUGGUCAGCCUGGUCCCAUCAGUCAGGAAUCCGGUGUCCUAUUUUACAGGGAAAUCGAUCAGUUGGUAACCACUGGAGGUUACACAGCUACAUUCCACGCCCCAUCAUCAUCCAUGUACGCAGUAAAGGGUAACCAGUGGGCUGGUUACGACAACCCUUCCACCAUCACCACCAAGGUCCAGUUUGCCAAGGCGCAAGGCUAUGGAGGGUGGUUCUUUUGGGAGCUGAGUCAGGAUGCCAACAAUGCUCUGCUCAAUGCUGCAGUAGCUGCAUGA